GUGUCCCAAGUACAAAUCACAAAUAUGUUUACAAAAAUGUAAAAUUAUCAGAAGUCAAGUCAGACGUUCAACUUAGCAAGUAGAGAUUGAAGAUAAACAAACACCCAAAUCUAAAUGGCUAACCGUCUAAAACCAAUUUGCGCGGGUACACUUCCUCUCCCCCACCCUAAAAUUUUCCCCCAAAAAUUGAAUGCUGGACUUAAGAAUUGGAGUAAUAUUAGGAUUAAUAACAACAACAGGAACAGAACAAAUCGUCGUUUAGUUCUGGGUUUUGGAGUUGUUUGCUCAUCUUGGUCUCAGUUUAUGAACAUGUUUGGCCUUCAAAAGGGGAAUUCGUUCUUGGCUUCUGCUAAGCAGACGAGUGCUGUUGAGGAGGCUUUGAAGAAUGUUGAAUGGCCAGAGCAGUUUCCAUUUAAGCCGGAAGAUUUCCAGCGCUAUGAUGAGUCAAAUGAUACAUUUUUCUAUGAUUCACCACGUUUUGUAACUCACAUUGAUGAUUAUGCUAUUGCUGCACUCACUAAAUAUUACUCAGAGGUUUUCCCUCCUAGUAACACUCCAGGAGUCAGUAUGUUGGAUAUGUGUAGUAGUUGGGUUAGCCAUUUUCCAAAAGGAUACAAGCAGGAAAGGAUAGUAGGAAUGGGCUUGAAUGAGGAAGAGCUCAAGAGGAAUCCAGUCCUGACAAAAUAUAUUGUGCAAGACUUGAACGUUAAUCCUAAGCUUCCAUUUGAAGAUAACUCUUUUGACGUUAUAACUAAUGUGGUAAGUGUGGACUAUCUGAACAAACCACUUGAGGUAUUCAUGGAAAUGAAACGGAUUCUCAAGCCCAGUGGUUUAGCUAUAAUGAGCUUCUCCAAUCGAUGCUUUUGGACAAAAGCAAUCUCAAUAUGGACAUCGACGGGUGAUGCAGAUCAUGCUAUGAUUGUUGGAGCGUAUUUCCAUUAUGCCGGAGGGUUUGAACCUCCACAGGCUGUAGAUAUAUCUCCCAACCCUGGUCGGUCAGAUCCUAUGUACAUUGUAUAUUCCAGGAAGGUAUCAACAGCAUAAAUUUUAGCACGAGCUUCAGCUGAUUUCUAGUCUUGGCGUCUUCCCUUGCAAGUUGUGGUAUGUUGUGAAAGUUUCUCCCCAACCUCUCUACAUGCAUGAUCAGUCACACAACUCCGAUUUGCAUAUUGUAAUAAGAGUUCCCCAAAAUUCCGAGUCAUAUGGCCAAGUAGUACACUGUAGUUAACUUUUGCUUUCAUAGCUAUUUGUUUAUUUAUUUACUGCAAUAUUGGUUUGAGUCUCUGAGAAAGAAGUUGAAAAUGUAUUAUUCUUAACAUAUUAUUAAUAAAAAUAAAAAUAAAAAAACUCGAAUUUCACCA